GUGGAAUCAAUUAUGACAACGUCCAGAUUUUUGUGUUUGCAGUCGGAGAUCCACCUCAUGGUGGUUCGUAAGCGGAUUCAUCAUAUGGAUAUGCGCUACCAAAAAUCGAGCCGUGUCUUUUGAAGGUAAUCUAGUAUCAAAAGAUGCUACAACAAAGAAAUAGUGUGAUAUGCUGGCGAUAAUAAGAUCAUACACUUACACAAGAAUCUGAAUUGCAGCUCCUCCUGCCUCGUCAACCUGUAGAAGGAGCAAGUAAAGGAAAAGACUUAAGUUUAGACAAUCCAACAACGAGCUAGAUCAGCGGGUAGAAAUCGCCAGGGAAAUCCUAGGCAAGUUGCCGAGUAAAUUCCUCCACUCCGUCAAGCUUCGGGGAGGGUAAUACCAGCACAGUUUCGUACUUUGUUGCAAAUACGUCGAAAAUGAACCUGAGGGAUUCGGAUCGCGGGGCGCUGGAUUACGAAGAGGAAGAGGCUUCGGACGAAGAGGAGUCGUCGUCGUUUUCGGGUUCAGCCGGUGAAGUGUCCGGAUCUGGGUCUGCGCGUGAGUACCCAGGCUUCCAGCCGUCUUCUAGGCCCACCGAUGAGGCUUUUGGCAGAGAGGUCAGACCUGGCGAUCGCAGCAAAGAUGGAGGUGGAAUGGCAUUGGGCUCGGACACUAAACUUGUCCAAUUUAAGGACCGAGACCACGAAAAGGAGCGGCAAGGCACUGCAGCGGGCGCGCGCGGGGGGUCUCCAAGUUCAGCGCGAAACGUUGCAACGCCUUAUGAAGACCAACUCACGAGGUUGCGGAAUAAACUACUCCAUGUUGGCGAGCGGUUUGUGUUAGGGCUUCAUAAAAAUAAAAAUACCAGGUAGAUGUAGUAGAUCGAUUUCGAUAUUGCUUUCUGUUUUUUCACGAGACAAGAAAAGUGGCAUCGUACAGAAACAGUCCAUAAUUAUGAUAAGAGUGCAACCUCCCAAGCAAUGCCACGGACGACUAGAACACGCGUUUUUCGUCAGCAUGCCUUUUGUUUCGAAAAGUUAAAUCUCUUUUUGAAAAGCUCCAAUAGUUGGAUUCGAUCGUGCGAUGGAGCAGCUCAGUGUGAUGCGUCGCGAAACAGAGGAGCGACGUCUGGACUCGUUACAGGAAAACCUUGGACGAACUUAUGGAAGGAGGUAAUGAGGACUUUCCCUUUCUUGUGGAGCGAUAACUGUGAUUGAAGUAGAAGUUUACACGCAUAAUCGUAGAAGAAAAUCUACACCUCGAAGAGAAACAACUAGAACUACCACGACUAAAUUUAAUCAUUUGAAUAGAAGACAUCAGACAUCUUGCUCUGACUGCUGGGUCUUAUAUAGGUCAUUCAACACAUCGCUUCCCUGGCUUAAUCUCACUCUCUCUGGUUUCUUCAUUUUGAAGAGCGACAACUGCAUAGCGAGGUCACUCGAAGAGGAGAGCAUGCCAAGACGCUGCAGCUAGUGACAGAAAACUGUGCUAAUGCAAUGCUCGAUCGUGUCCAGAAGCGCAUCCAGAACCAUAUGAGGCAAGUUGUCGCAGCAUUGGAUGUAUGAUAGGAUGAGCAGGCGGUUGUGGCUGCCGUGCCCCUCUUUUAUAUGUAUGAUGAGAUGAAAAGGAACAAGCGGAAAAAUAAAUAUUUUGAUGUAUCAUUCACAUUCUGAUCAUUGGUACAACUACAACUCGAUUACAACUUGGGGUAGCUCCUUGCUGCUACGUUGACAUUAAGUAAGACCUAGGUGGUCAGAUUCAUCUGAUUUCAGUCUCGCUGUGCUUCUUCGACCACAGUUGUAAAACGCGCGUCAUUUUCGAAAUGAGGUUUCUUCCCUCAUCUUGAAGAUACCAACUACAACAUAUGCUACUUUUCAUCUACCUCCCUUGCGGCGCGUUGCCUCACACUGGAGCGAGCGAUCUUGCAAUUUCGUGGCGAACUUCCGAGUAAGUUGACGAUUGACGCUAAGCAUCUUUCCGACAGCGUGAACUCUCUCAAGUCUAAAAUGCGUGGCUUUGUGUCGGACGGCCAGACAGAAGAGGAGCACGUAGAGUCGUUAUUAGCAGAAGAUGGCGCGAUCUUAAAAAGCGAAAGUGAAGGCGCAAGCAAGGACAAAGCACCUCCUCGAAGAGUCCGAGUGCUGAUGGAUGACGAUGAUGAUAAGCAGGCCGCAGAAAAGAAGCAGAGCAAGGAGAUCGACCUGGGUAGCAGCAGCAGUCGCAGUGCUUCAUCCUCUAAGAAAAAAUCCAACUCCCUCGACAGCACCGUGAACCAAGGCACAUCCAACAAGUCUGGAGUGCUGUUGGCUGAGACUGCUAUCCGCUUGGGUACUCAAAUGUCGCGUCAGGUUGGACGCUUUGUCCAAGAUAGCGACAAAAUGGCGGCCGAUAUCUCAAGCGGUCUAGAAAUGCUGGCCAAACGCAAUGAGACUGAGGAGAAGGCGUUCCAAGAUUUCGUCUCGAGCGAACUCAAAGUCGUCAAGCGUGGCGUCGAUCUGGAAUUAUGGAUCAUCUUGGAAGAAGAUGAAUAUGAUUUAGAGUCCGUUGUGGCUGUUGUAGUAGUUGUAGUAUCGUCUAGAAAAUGAAAAAGGAGGUCUAAGAUAUCUUCUAGAAUAAGGAGGUCUACCACGUAUACUUUCAUUAUGAUGCAAGUCAGUACUACUUCAUCUAGGUCGUACUCGUAGUGCAAUAGCAAUUUACUUGAAGAAGAUGAUGACCCACCUUUCCAUGUAGUGCUGUUAGAUUUGCAACAUUGAUUAUUCGGGUAUUAUGUAUUUGUAUGUGUUUCUCUCUUGCCUUUGCUCGUGCUGCUGAAUAAAAGCGUCACUCCUAUGGAGUAGGUCAACAGCGCCACUGCUUGUCCUGUACCGCUUGUUCGUGGUGUCCGUGUGAAAGUCUCUAACCUCCGGGAAAGCGCGACAAAAGACCGAUGAGGAGAUUCUGAAUGCUAUCAAUGUGUACAGCGGCGCGCUGCAGAAGGCUCUGAGAACAACAGCUGCUGGUGCCGUAGGAUGAUCCCUCCACCGCAAAACGUGCGAAUAUAUCGAAAACCACAUUUGGAAUAAUUGCUGUGGAAGCCGCAAAGGCGCAAUGUUCAUUUUAUUUGAUUCAAUCCAAAUGCGUAACGUAGUUGUUUAGUGAGCCGCGCUGCGCCUGUCCCUGUGUAAAAUGUGAUUUCGGACUUCGAUAUUCAUGAACACAGAAAAUCAACAACUCGGAAAUGCGAUCAACCCAUGUUGAAAUUUGGAAGCCUGCUCUUCAUCUUCCUUCAUCAAAUGAAUAGACCUUUGAGAAUUUCCACGGCUCUGAUUCAGUCAGGCUAAGCGUGUUGUACCUACUAUGCAAGCUGUGUUGGCUUCAUGCCGGAACAUGUUAC